UUUGUAGUUGAACUCCCAUUCAAAUACUCCCAGCCCUAGAGCUGUGGCCCACUACAGCUUGAGCCUGGUUAGGAGGAACCGCCUUGCCCCUGCCUCGAAGCCGGGUGCCCAUGAGCUUGCAGAAGAGAGUCUUUCCCCGGAGGGAGACGGGGACUCAUGGUGUGGCUGCUAAGCCCAGCUUGGGUGCCAGCCACCAGCCCAGGGCCAGAGACCAAGAAAAGAAGAAGGGUGGCCUCACUUCCUCUCUGAGGAUGGAGCCCCACGGCUGCUCUGGAAAGAGCCGCAAAUCUAUGAAGUUCCGGUCCAUCUCCCGCUCCCUGAUCCUCUGCAAUGGGAGAACCAGCGAGGACAGCUCCAGUCCAGAGGAGAGGUUCCCUAACCCCCUGGAAGCUGCUCUGGCCCGGGCCCCGGAGGGGCCUCCGCCUUCCCCCAUGCGGGGACCUCUGCACUCGGCCACCCCACUGGACGACACAGCGGAGGCAGGGCUCUGCAGCCUCCCUGACCUCACACGGGCCCCUGAGGCUGCUCAGCUCCAUGUGGCUGGAGGCGAUGGAGGCAAGAACUGCAGGUGGAUGUUCUUCAUGAAGGAAUCUUCUACAGCCUCCUCCAGAGAAAAGCCUGGGAAAGCUGAGGCACAGAGCAGUCGCUUCCUGUUCCCUAAAGUCUGCCACCAGAGGACACGUAGCAACUCCACUAGUGUUAAUCCAUACUGCUCAGGAGAGGUUGAUUUCCCAGUGACCAAGAAAUCUGUGGACACCACAGACCGGCAGCCUUAUUCUCUCUGUAGCAACAGGAAGUCGCUCUCUCAACAGCUGGACUGUCCAGCAGCACAGACUGCGGGAGCUUCCAGACCCACUCGAUCACUGAGCACAGUGCAGCUGGGGCAGCCAUGGGGUCCACAGGCCUCCGUCAUCUCCAAUAUCGUGCUCAUGAAGGGCCAGGCCAAGGGCCUGGGCUUCAGCAUUGUUGGGGGAGAGGACAGCAUUUAUGGCCCCAUUGGGAUUUACGUCAAAACCAUCUUUGCAGGGGGAGCUGCGGCAGCUGACGGAAGGCUACAAGAAGGUGAUGAGAUUCUGGAACUCAAUGGUGAGUCAAUGGCUGGACUAACACAUCAGGAUGCUUUGCAGAAGUUCAAGCAAGCCAAGAAGGGGCUGCUCACCCUCACUGUGAGGACCCGCCUGACCACACCCCCUUCCCUGGGCAGACACCUGUCGCCCCCUCUCUGCCGCUCCCUCAGCUCCAGCACCUGUGUGGCCAGCGACAGCCCCCCCUUCACCCUGGAGAGCCCCACCAGCCCUGCCAGGCCCAGCUACAGAAUCAUGGUGGAGGUUUCACUGAAGAAAGAGGCCGGUGUGGGCCUGGGUAUCGGCCUGUGCAGUGUCCCCUACUUCCAGUGCAUCUCUGGCAUCUUCAUCCACACGCUCUCUCCGGGAUCCGUGGCUCACCUGGAUGGACGGCUGCGGUGCGGAGAUGAGAUUGUUGAGAUCAACGACGCCCCGGUGCACUGCAUGUCCCUCAACGAAGUCUACGCGGUCCUGAGCCACUGUAGCCCCGGCCUGGUACCCAUCAUCGUCAGCCGGCACCCCGACCCUCAGGUUGCUGAGCAGCAACUCAAAGAAGCUGUGGCUCAGGCUGUGGAGAGCCUGAGGUUCGGGAAGGAGAGGCAGCAGUGGGGUCCGGAAGGAGGGAAGAGGCUGGAGAGCAGCUGGCACGGGCGGCCCACGGUGGAGAAGGGGCGGGAGAAGACCGCGGCGGCCGCGCAGCGCAGGGCGCAGGCCAUGGUCCGCUCCAGCAGUGACUGCAGCUGUGUGUCUGGGUCCCCGGGGGGCAGCCCCUGCAGUGGGGGCUCAGAGCCCCUGUCCUUGGGUCGGGGACAGAGGCUGGGACCACCCCAGGACAGCCCACCACUCCCUGGCAGCCUGGAUGCCCACCCGCCACGGAGACUGAAGAAAUCUUUUGAGAUUUUGGUGAGAAAGCCAACGGCCUCCAAGCCCAAGCCUCCCCCUAGAAAAUACUUCAAGAGCGACACUGCACCUCAGCGGAGUCUGAAAGAGAGAGAGAGCUCGCCACGUGCUUCCCACCACACCCUGCCCGCCCGCGACCAGGAAGCCGGAGAGCUGCUGCCACCACUGCCUCCGACACCACAGCAGGAAGACACAGCGGGGAGAGGCCCCGGUGCUGCUGCCUGCAGCCCAGGACCCAAGCCUGACCAGCAGACUGCGUCCCACACUGAGGGCGAGCCAGGGAGAAGGGCCAGCCCAGUGGCUGGAGCAUCCCCGCUAAAACACCGGGCGCUGAGGCGGCAGGCACGGAUGGACUACGGCUUUGAGCCCACAGCCGAAGACCCGUGGGUUAGGAUUUCAGACUGCAUCAAGAACUUAUUUAACCCCAUCAUGAGCGAGAACCAUGGCCACAUGCCACUACAGCCCGGCGAUAGCCUGGGCGAAGAGGAGGGGACGCAGGGCCACCCAGGCGAGACCCCACCCAGGGCAGACACUGCCAAUGGUGCACCCAAAGUCCACAUGCCAGCCGACAGCAGUAGUGUGAAGAGAGGCCCCCCAGUGGCCCCCAAGCCAGCGUGGUUUCGUCAGAGCCUGAGAGGCCUGCGGAACCGCACCCCCGAUCCGAGGAGGCUGUGGGAGGCCCCCCCAGCCAGCCAGCCGGCGCCUGCCUCCAGAGAGGGCCCUCACCCUCCCACCUCCACCUCCUCCAUCAAGCAGAGGAUCAGCUCCUUUGAAAACCUGGGUUCCUCCCACGUGCCUGACAGAGCUCAGAGGCUGAGCCUUCCGCCCUCCUCCAGGGAGGCCUCUAGCCAUUCUGAGAAGCCAGAGGAGGGAUGGCCACCUGGGCUUUUGGGGCCAGGAGCCCCGUUCUCUGCCAAGCACAAGCAGCCAGAGGCAGAGCCACUGCCACAGGUCCUCCCUGCAGCCUCGCCAUCCGGCGACCCUGGUGUGUCUGCAUCCCCGACCCCAGGACGGCCACCUUGCCAAAAAACCAUGGACUCCCAACCCCUCCCAAGACUGCCGUCCUCACAGGCAGAGGAUGCCCGAGGCCCAGCCCUCAAGAUGCCAGGCCAGCGGGCACGCAGCUUCCCCCUCACCAGGACCAAGUCUUGUGAGACCAAGGCAGGGGAUGAGAAGUCCAGCAAGCUCUAUGCCAUCAGCAGCCAGUUGUCCUCGGCUGUCAUGAAGUCCUUGCUGUGCCUCGCAUCCCCCAUCCCUGGCAGCCAGAGCCCCCGCCUCUCCCAGGAAAGGGCUGCCCUCCAGCCUGCCUCCAGCCGAGACACCGCGGCAGAUGGGCCUGCCGAAGCCGCUGCCCCGGACACUGGCUUCUCCCUCAACCUUUCAGAGCUGAGAGAAUACAGCGAGGGUCUGGCUGAGCCUGUGGAUGCCCGGAAUGGGGCCCCCAGCGUCUCUCAGCCUGAGGAUGGGGCCUGCUGCACCACUCAGCCCAGCCAGUCAGUUAUCUCCUUGCUGAGCGCAGAAGAACUGAAACAGCUCAUGGAGGAAGUGAGCGUCCUGGAUGAGGCCACACUGAAACAAUUAGACAAUAUCCGAGUCACUGUUCUGCACAAGGAGGAAGGAGCUGGCCUUGGGUUCAGCCUGGCAGGGGGAGUGGACCUGGAGAACAAGAUGAUCACGGUUCACAGAGUCUUUCCAGAUGGGCUGGCCUCCCAAGAAGGGACAAUCCAGAAGGGCAAUGAGGUUCUUUCUAUCAACGGCAAGUCCCUCAAAGGGGCCACCCACAACGAUGCCCUGGCCGUCCUCCGCCAAGCUCGGGACCCGCGACAAGCCGUGAUUGUCACCCGGCAGGCUGAGGAGGCUGUGCCAGACCUGAACUCCUCCACUGACUCCACAGCCAGUGAGGCCUCUUCAGAAUCUACGGAGGUCACUGUCCUCACCGUGACGCUGGAGAAGACCUCUGCAGGGCUGGGCUUCAGCCUGGAAGGCGGGAGGGGCUCCCUGCACGGAGACAGGCCCCUCACUGUCAACAGGAUUUUCAAAGGGGUGGCGACAGAACUGAGUGGUGACACAGUUCAGCCAGGAGAUGAACUCUUGCAGCUGGCUGGCACUGCCAUGCAAGGCCUCACCCGGUUCGAAGCCUGGAAUGUCAUCAAGGCCUUGCCUGACGGGCCUGUCUCUGUGGCCAUCAAGAGGAAAAGGCUCCCCUCCAAGGGGGCUGUGGCUGCUGGAGAUUCCUAGGCAGAAGACCAUCCAUGGCGCGGAAGGAAGCACACGGCUCCCAUGACAGCUGAUUCCAGACUCAGAAUCAGUGUGCUUAUCAUGGCUGCUGCUCCAGUCCCACCCUCCUGGGCCAGCACAGAGCAAGAUGGUUGUCCUGAAAGUGAGGGUAGAGCCACAAUGGCAUGGCACAGACUGUCAACUGUGUAUAAGAGCUAGUGACAAUGCUGCCAUCGUGAAAUACAACCGUAAUAUACAACUUGUUAUGAAUGUGUCACAUGCUCUGCAAAA